UCCACAGAAAAACAAAUCUCUCUCUCUCUCUCUCCUCUCUCUCUCUAGCGUGAUGAGCUUCAAUAACGUAUGUGUUUGAUUCAUUUCUGUAAAGUGGUCAGAAGCACUCAUGAAGGUUAGCUGACUUGGAUUCAACUGUUUAGAUGUUGCUUCAUCUUUUGGAAUAAUUCAUCAUACCGAUCAAACCGAAAAUUGGAAGAAGUUAAUGAAGGAGAUUUUUUUUUUUUUUUGGAAAAAGGAACUAGGGUUCCAGCACCAUUAAAGACAGACAAGUGAACCAUGUCAGAAGAUUUGGAUAUGCUAGGGAGUAAGGAGGAAAUUAGUUUAGAUCAACAUGGAGAAAACACAUCAUCUAUUUCUUCGUUAAAUAAGCAUGUCACAUCUUUUGACUUAAAUGAAGAAGCAAACAGCCGGGAAGGCAAUGGCUCAUCACUUGAGCAUGACAAGAAGGCCGAAGCUGCAGGAAGUUCAUCAAUGAAUAUAAAAGGUCCGGUUAGGCGAUAUGUACGCUCCAAAAUGCCAAGACUUCGUUGGACUUGUGAACUCCAUCACGCCUUUGUUAAUGCUAUUGAAAGGCUUGGUGGACAAGAUAAAGCUACUCCCAAGUCAGUUCUCCUGUCUAUGAAUGUGCGAGGACUAAGCAUCGCUCAUGUAAAAAGUCAUUUGCAGAUGUAUAGAAGCAAGAAGCUUGAUGAAUCCAGUCGAGGUACGCCAUGAAGCAUGAUCUUGAAAAAAAAUUAACCUUUUUAGAGGGUGUUUGGGAUUACGUUUUGAAG